AUGUCUGCAUCUCUAAGGAAGCGACAAAAAGUCUCUUCGGCUUGCGAACGCUGUCGAAAGCGCAAGCUCGGGUGCGAUUCAGAGAGACCUUGCGUACACUGUAUCCGCGCAGGUGCUCAGUGUAUACCUCGCGACCUGGCAUCAGGGGACAUCACGGUAUCCUCAUCUGACCAGACUAAUUACAGGAGCAGAUAUGUUGGGGCUUCAGGCUCACCUAUACUCCCGGAGUCUAGUAUCGUUGACCUAAGUACUCUCAUGAUACGCGGGAAUGGCUCAAACCAGGACUUGCGCCAUGAUACCUCUUCACUGCCCGGCGGAACGAAGCUCCCCAAUGCCAACACCACGCUCUCUGCCAAGCAUUGGCGUAACGUAGUAGGCGUGGAACUACCUGCGGACCAUAUCGUGGAACACUUGGUCGACAGCUUCUUCUGUUCCGUGAACUGGUUCAUGAUGGUAUUCCACGAAGAGACCUUUCGCCGUAGAUACACCGAGAUGUUGCAACAAACUCAGAUCAAAUACCAAGAUACAACAUUCUAUUGGACAUGGCUCCUCGUAGUAGCGCUAGGAGCACAUUACGCAGCACUCAAGGAUCCUGAUAAUCAGAUGAGUCCUCAGUACCGGCAACUUUCCCGGGAUCUUAUUACUGUUAUCGAGACAAAGUUCUUGCAGAUUGUUGGAUGCCAGACUGUAGAGACUGUUCAAAUAUGUAUCUUGCUUGGGAGCUUCAUAUUUUACACGCGGCCGACAACCGGACUAGGUAUUUGUGGCAUGGGAGUCAAGAUCGCCCAGGUCAUUGGUUUACACCGAGAGAGCUUCUGGAAAGAGGCGUCUCAGCUAGCGCGAGAAGUUAAGCGACGCACUUGGUGGACAUUGGAAGUUUUUGACAAAUAUGCCGCCGUUGCGUUCGGGCGCCCCUGUAUUAUUGACGACUCUGACUGCCAAGUCGAGAUGAUCUCCGAUAUUGACAUCGAUGGCCAAACGCAUGUCCCUGCUAGACCCCUGAUCCUCUAUCACCAGCACAAGUUCCGCCUCUAUAGAAUUAUGGGUGCAUUCCUCGGACGGAAGAGACAAAGUAAUAGGUUUGAGUCGAUUGAAACAAUACACCACCGUAUGCUACAGUGGCGCCACGAACUGCCCGACGUCCUAACUCUCAGCGGCCAAGCGCAAUCCAUGGACCCAAGUGUAGUUAAACCAACUGAGAUCCACGCCCUUAGUCUACAGCUCACCUACGACAACCUACAGAUUAUUUUGCAUCGCACAGCCGUCUUCAGCAACAUCGACGACAUCUCUAUGUCACCAAAAAACAUCACUUCUCUGCAGCAGAUCUUCACCUCAGCCAUGGAUACAUCUGAACUGUCCCAACAUCCCCAGAUUCUAGACGCUUGCAGAAGAACUCAUGCCGAUGCACAUGUUGGCAUGACCAUGUUUACAGCUGGAGUUGUUCUUUGCGCUGUCUGCCUGUCGCAGCCUCUCACGGAAAUGGGUUCGCGAGCAAAAACAGGUGUCAUGCAUAUCACGCGCAUGUGUCGAGAGACGACAGCUGGUCUUUAUAGCGGCCAGCUUAUCUCAGAACAGAGUCUGGGUAUCAUUGAUAGUCUUGUCGAGGUUAUGCUGCGGCAGGAGACGGAUUUAAUCACCGGAAGAACGAGUUAUCCAGGCCUUCAUACCGCUCCUACCAAUAGGGGUACAGUAUCAUCUAACCGAAGCUCCUCGGCAGCAAGCAGAACAAUAGCACUCACACCAAGUACGACUAUAACUGGUCCAAGCGAGUCUAGAGUCGAGCGAGGUUUGGAGCCGAUUCAAGAAGUCUUUAGGCAGCACAUUCCCACGCCGACUACAGCAAGAAACAUACUGCCACAGACCGCUGUCUCUAGUAAUCACGAGUCAGAUGGGGAUCAAGGGAAUGUGGGCACAUUCAAUUGGGACGGCGACAUGUCCGCCCUCGUGGAUUCGGGGCUAGUGGAUGCAACUCAGCUAUGGCUUUGGGCGGAUAGCCUGGACUUUGACUCGUUCAAUGAACAGCCUGAAAAACAACUGCAAUAA